AUGAUUGUUCUGGGUUUCAUUAUUUUUUCCAAAUUCACCGGAAGGUCUGAGUUGCUCAUUACUCAUAAAGAAGAGCUAGGGCAACUUAUAACGUUAGAGCAAGGAAAACCUUUCAAAGAAGCCGUGGGAGAGGUUACGUAUGGGGCUUGCUUCAUUGAAUUCUAUGCUGAGGAGGCAAAACGUGUGUAUGGUGAUAUAAUUCCAGCACCUGUAGCUGAUCGCCGAUUGUUUGUCUUAAAACAGCCUGUUGGAGUCGUUGGAGCAAUUACACCUUGGAACUUCCCUUUGGCCAUGAUUACUCGGAAGGUUGGCCCUGCCCUGGCUUGUGGUUGUACAGUAGUUAUUAAACCCUCUGAGCUUACACCCUUGACAGCUUUAGCGGUAGCUGAGCUUUCCCUUCAAGCUGGAAUACCACCGGGUGUUGUGAACGUAGUUAUGGGGAAUGCUUCUGAUAUUGGGGACACACUACUUGCAAGUCCCCAGGUACGGCAGAUCACGUUCACAGGCUCAACAGCUGUUGGAAAGAAAUUGAUGGCAGGUUCAGCUGCAACUGUUAAAAAGGUAUCCUUGGAACUGGGGGGAAAUGCACCCUGCAUAGUGUUUGAUGAUGCAGAUCUUGAUGUUGCAGUGAAAGGAAGUCUUGCAGCAAAGUUCCGUACUAGUGGGCAAACUUGUGUUAGUCCAAACAGAAUAAUGGUGCAAGAAGGUAUUUAUGAAAAAUUUGCAAAUGCUUUUGCCAAUGCGGUUCAAAACUUGAAAGUUGGUGAUGGUUUUACUGAAGGUGUGGCACAGGGUCCACUAAUCAAUGAAUCAGCAGUGAAGAAGGUUGAAUCAUUUGUUCAAGAUGCUGUUUCAAGGGGAGCAAAAGUCAUGCUUGGGGGUAAAAGACAUAGCCUUGGGAUGACAUUUUAUGAGCCUACCGUUAUCAGCGAUGUCAACAGUGAGAUGCUUUUGUCAAGAGAGGAAGUCUUUGGACCUGUUGCUCCUCUUAUGCGUUUUAAAACAGAGGACGAAGCAAUCCGAAUCGCCAAUGAUACUAAUGCAGGACUCGCCGCAUACAUAUUUACAACGAAUGUCCAACGUUCAUGGCGUGUGUCUGAAGCUCUCGAAUAUGGAUUGGUUGGUGUGAAUGAAGGAAUAAUGUCUUCAGAGGUGAACAUU